AUGUUUGAUGCUACUUGUGAAGUUCUUAAAAAAAGCACUGAAAAAAGUAAUUUCUCCACUCGUGGUGAUGCUAGUGCUGCUUAUGAUGCUAUCACAUCCUUUGAAUUUGUCUUUGUUUUGCAUUUGAUGAGAAAUAUUUUGGAAGUUAGUCAUGAUCUUUGUCAAGCUUUGCAACGAAAAAAUCAAGACAUAUUGAAUGCUUUAACUCUGGUUUCUACUACCAAGACUUUAAUCCAACGAAUGAGAGAAUCAAGUUGGGAGGCUUUCAUAAAAGAAGUUAUAUUGUUUUGUGAGAAACAUGAAGUUGAAGUUCCUGAUAUGAAUGCAUUGCAUAUUCCUAGAAGAGGCCGAACUCGCAAAAUUGUUGACCAAAUUUCAGUGGAGCAUCAUUACCGUGUUAAUUUAUUUCUGGCUGUAAUUGAUACACAGUUGCAAGAGCUUAAUGGAAGAUUCAAUGAUAAUAUGGUGGAAUUGCUUACUUUAAGUUCAACUUUAGAUCCCAGAGAUAAUUAUAAGUUCUUCAGUGUCAACAAAGUAUGUGAAUUAGUAGAACGAUUUUAUCCAGGUGACUUCAGUGACCAAGAGAAAUUUCACAUUAGAAUGCAAGCUCAACAUUAUGAAUUUGAUAUUCCUAAUCAUGUGAGUUAA